AUACAUCCACCAGUCAUCUUGCAAUUGAUCCAUCCGAUAGUGUCGGGAUUUCUUUCGUUUGUGGUUCCAUGGACGUUGUUGUUUUUCAAUAAAGAAGUUGCAGCAUUGUUAAAAAAAGUUUUUGAGGCAGCAGUACCUGUCCGAGCACAGCUGCCAAGUGCAUCCUGGACAACAGGAGUGAAAUGA